AUGAAGACCAUCUUCACGAACGGCCGCAUAUUCUCCCCUUCAUCGAAGGACCUAAACGCAGACAAUGAGUUUGUGGAAUCGAUGGUCAUCGAAGAUGAUCAAAUCACCUAUUUGGGUUCACGGGAUGAGGCUCCCUCUGCAGAUAAUACAAUCGACCUGAAGAGCCGACUUGUCCUCCCCGGCUUCAUCGACGGCCAUGUGCACAUCCUCAACUUCGGUUUGUCCUUGGGCAGGCUCGACUUGAUGGAGUGUACAUGCCUAGAGGACAUUCAGAAGGUAAUCAAAUCCUUUGCAGCGAGUCACCCUACGGCCCCUCGUCUUCUUUGCCGAGGAUGGAUUCAAUCGACGACCAGCGGGAUCGCUCUGGCAAGUAUGCUGGAUGAUUUGGACCCACAACCGAUCCAUAUUGAAUCUCUGGAUCUACACUCAGUCUGGUGCAACUCGGCCGCCCUCGAAGAAAUGGGUAUUUUCACUGCACCCGAUCCACCUGGUGGAACGAUCCACCGCGACCAGAACGGAAGACCAUCAGGUCUCCUGAGCGAAAGUGCCAUGGUCGACAUCGUCUGGCCAUUUCUCGCAACCGUCACCACCCGAGAAGAGAAGCUAAAAGCCCUUGACCAGGCUUUCACCGCAUACACACAAGCCGGGUACACCGGCCUGGUCGACAUGGCCAUGGAUGAAUCCACCUGGGACAUUCUCCAGCUCUACCGAAAACGCAACGAUGCCCCCUUGCACAUAGCAGCAUACUGGCUCGUUCCAUUUUCUGAGAACCAAGAAACCAACUUCCACCACGUUGACCGCGCAAUCCAGCUGCACGCCCACUUCAACCACACCACCUCACCUGAUUUCUGCAUCAUGGGCAUAAAGCUCAUCUGCGAUGGCGUCGUAGACGGCUGCACAGCGGCGCUCAGCCAACCCUACGGGAGCCGCACCGACCCCGUUGAGCCGAUCUGGCCCGCGGACAUGCUCAAAGCCGUCGUCCAGCGCGCCGACCACGCAGGCCUUCAAUGCGCCAUCCACGCCAUCGGCGACAAGGCCGUAAAGCAGGCUGUCGAUGUCCUAGCGGAAGUGGGCACGCCCGGCCGCCGCCACCGCAUCGAGCAUCUUGAGCUGACUGCUCCCGAGGAUGCAAAGCGGUUGGGAGAGUUGGGGAUAACAGCCUCCGUGCAGCCGGUGCACUCGGAUCCGGUUUUGUUCCGUGCGUGGCCGGAGUUGAUUGGCGAUCGCUGCCAGAGGGCUUUUGCCUAUAGGGAGUUUGCGGAUGGAGGGGCGAGGCUGGCGCUUGGGACGGAUGCGCCUACUGCGGCGCAUUUGCCGUUGCCGAAUCUGUAUAAUGCGACUACGAGGCGUUCGGCGCUGGAUUUAGGAGAAUCAGCGGCUACGAAUGCGCAUUUCGGAUUAGGGCUGGCGGAGGCUGUGACUGCUGCGACGGAGGGGGCGGCAUAUGCGAGGUUCGCAGAGGGGUGGACAGGGUGCCUGAGGGAAGGACGUAGAGCGGAUUUUGUGGUGCUGGAUAUGCGGUGGGAAGCAGAGGAGCUGUUGGAAGGAAAGGUGUUCGAGACUUGGUUUGGAGGGAAGAAGGUAUACAGUGUAGACAGAUGA